AUGAUUGUCAAAGCUCCCGAAUUAGCAAAAGAAGUUAAAAAAUAUUGGAAAAAACGAUAUGACUUGUUUUCUUUAUAUGAUGAGGGAAUUAUAAUGGAUGAAGAAGGUUGGUAUUCAGUUACACCAGAAGUCAUUGCAAAACAAAUUGCUGAAAGAUGUAAGUGUGAUGUAAUCGUGGACGCGUUUUGUGGUGUAGGAGGUAAUGCUAUACAAUUUGCAUUUGCUUGCAAAAAAGAUAUUGAUGAAACUAAGAUAAUGUGUGCUAAAAAUAAUGCUAGGAUUUAUGGUGUAGAGGAUCGAAUUGAAUUUAUUUUGGGAGAUUAUUUUAAAUUAAUUCCUACCCUUAAGAAUAUAGCAUACUAUGUUCCUCGCAAUGUAGAUCCACAACAGUUGGCAGAUUUUAUGGGGCGUGGUAAUGUAUGUGAAUUACAAAAAGUAUUUGUGAAUAGUAAAUUUGUAGCAGCUGUAGGAUAUUUUGGCAAUCUGAUGUGUAAAGAUGAUGAAUAUAAUGAAGGAAAAUAG